CCCAGCUGCGGGGGAAUGGUUUGACGGGGACACAGGGCCGCGAGGAGGCUGCCGCGAUGCUCCCGUCUUUGCAGGAAUCGCUGGAUGGGGAUGAAAAGGAGCUGGAGAGCAGCGAGGAGGGUGGCUCUGCGGAGGAGCGGAGACUCGAGCCGCCACCCAGCAGACACUAUUGCCUGUACAGCUACUGCGGAAGCAGACUGACACAGCAUCGAGGGGAUAGCGAUGAUGGACGUUCAAGUGGCCUAAAUGCAGAAACUCCCUCUGGUGAUGAUUUCAGCCUCUCCUUGGUGGAUACUAAUCUACCGUCAGAAGUGGAGCCAGAGCUGCGCGGUUUCAUUGCUAAGCGUCUUUCCAAGGGAGCCUUCUUUGAAGGGCUGGGUAAUGUUGCAUCUGUAGAGCUGAGAAUUCCAGGUUACCGAGUUGGUUGUUAUUACUGCCUUUUCCAACAGGACAAACUGCUUCCUGAAAUAGCAGCAGUGGAGCCUGAAUAUAACCCUUCCGAGUAUGUGGUCUGCUUCUUAGGAGGGUCUGAGAAAGGACUGGAGCUCUUCAGGCUUGAAUUGGACAAGUAUGUCCAAGGGCUGAAAAACCACCUGGAUUGUGAGGAAAAGAGCCUGGGGAAUGAUGUAAAAUCCUAUCUGAACAGCUGGUAUGAGGAUGUGGUGUGUCCGAUCCAAAGGGUAGUUCUUCUCUUUCAGGAGAAACUGACCUUUCUGCUACAUGCCGCUCUAAGUGAUACUCCUGUUGAGCUUAAAGAAUCCGAUGAAAAAACCAAGAGAGACAUCAACAGGUUUCUGAGUGUGGCCAGUCUCCAGGGACUGAUUCACGAAGGCACCAUGACGUCUUUGUGCUUGGCCAUGACAGAGGAGCAGCAUAAGUCUGUGAUCAUCGACUGUAGUGGCCCCCAACCUCAGUUCCACAAUGCAGGAAGCAACCGUUUCUGUGAAGACUGGAUGCAGGCUUUCUUACAUGGUGCUGAAGCGGGUAACCCUUUUCUUUUCAGACAAGUCCUAGAGAACUUUAAACUAAAGGCCAUCCAAGACACAAACAAUUUGAAGAGAUUUAUCCGACAGGCAGAGAUGAAUCAUUAUGCUUUGUUUAAAUGUUACAUGUUCCUUAAGAACUGUGGCAGUGGAGAUAUUCUUUUGAAGAUUGUUAAAGUGGAACAUGAAGAAAUGCCCGAAGCCAAAAGUGUGGUGGCCGUCCUGGAAGAGUUCAUGAGAGAAGCCCUGGACUGAGGUUUGGGUCAUGACAUGGACUGAGGCUGCGUGUGUGGAACUAGCUGUCCUCAUUUAUAGGACUGCACUGCUCCUAAGAUGGCUAGAAACACCCUGGUUCUUUCUUCCUUUUGUACUUUUUUUGUUUAACUUAAUUAAACACAAAAAUCCAAGGAUUAUCUUCACAGAGUCCUAGGCAGAUAGUGUGUACUACAAUUGUGGAGUUUUGCUACAUUGCUAAUGUCAUAAAUUUUAAGCUUCAAACAUAUCCUGCCUAAAAAGCUUUGGAAGUGAUCUUUGGCUUCUCAAGAGCUUCCUGGAAUAUUUAGCAGAUUUUUCUCUUCCUCAAAAAAAAAAAAAAA